GCGGCGCCCACUGGGAAGACGGUCCCCGGCCACCCUCCCGCCGCCGUCCGUGCGUCCGUGCGUCCGUGCGUCCGUGCCCACUCCACCGUAGUCAUGACCUCCGCGGAGCCGCUGCACGUGAAGUCGCCCCUGCGGGACAGCAUGGCCCUGUCCAAAGUGGCCGGCACCAGCGUGUACCUCAAGAUGGACAGCUCGCAGCCCUCGGGCUCCUUCAAGAUCCGGGGCAUCGGGAACCUCUGCAAGAGGUGGGCUGAGCAAGGCUGUGACCACUUCGUCUGCUCCUCGGCGGGCAACGCGGGCAUGGCGGCCGCCUACGCCGCCAGGAAGCUGGGCAUCCCGUCCACCAUCGUCGUGCCCAGCACCACCCCCGCCCUCACCAUCGAGCGGCUCAAGAACGAGGGGGCCACAGUCAAGGUGGUGGGGGAGUCCUUGGACGAGGCCGUGGACCUGGCCAAGGCGCUGGCCAAGAAUAACCCAGGCUGGGUCUACGUCCCUCCCUUUGAUGACCCCCUCAUCUGGGAAGGCCACACGACCUUGGUAAAGGAGCUGAAGGAGACGCUGAAAGUCAAGCCCGGGGCCAUCGCGCUGUCGGUGGGCGGCGGGGGCAUGCUGUGUGGCGUGGUCCAGGGGCUGCAGGAGGUGGGCUGGGGGGACGUGCCCAUCAUCGCCAUGGAGACCAUCGGGGCCCACAGCUACCACGCGGCCACCUCCGCCGGCAAGCUCGUCACCCUGCCCCAGAUCACCAGCGUGGCCAAGGCCCUGGGCGUGAGGACCGUGGGGGCGCAGGCCCUGAAGCUGUUCCAGGAGCACCCCAUCUUCUCUGAGAUCGUCUCCGACCAGGAGGCCGUGACCGCCAUCGAGAAGUUCGUGGACGACGAGAAGAUCCUGGUGGAGCCGGCGUGCGGCGCGGCGCUGGCGGCCGUGUACAGCCGCGUGGUGCAGAAGCUGCAGGGCGAGGGCAAGCUGCGCACGCCCCUGCCCUCCGUGGUGGUCAUCAUCUGCGGGGGCAGCAACAUCAGCCUGGCCCAGCUGCAGGCCCUCAAGGAGCAGCUGGGCCUGAGCAACGGGCCGGCCAAGUGAGCCUCGCCACCCGCGCCUCCUCGCUCCCUCCCGCCCCCCGUGGGCGAGGCCACGGUCCCCCCCACCUCGCCCCUGCCGGGCCGGGAGGUCAGCGGCCGCCGGCUGCACUCGGAACUCUGGGACCACCCAGUGACUGUCCUGUCCCCCUGCUGAGGUGGCCGCCCCCCACGUCCAGGUGCCCGGAGCAGGGCGGGCCCCGGUGAGAUGACAGCUGCGGGCCCCCGUCAGGUGGACAGCCCCCCUCCCCCUCCCUCAUUUUUCUAAUGUGCAGAGUUUUUCAGUGACAAAGA